AUGUCGACAAGUGCGCCUACGCAAGAGCUUCACUUUGUGAUUGGUGGUGCUGGAUUCCUGGGAUCACAUAUCCUGCGUGCUCUUGUGGCACGUGGUGAGUCUGCAGUGGCAUCAUGCGACAUCCGAGAGCCACAAGAGCCUGUCAUGAACGUGCACUAUUACGAAGGGGAUCUUACGAAAGUCGAAUCCUUGGGUAAAGCUAUUGCAGAUGCAAAGCAAGAUACGCGUGACUUAGAUCCAGAAAGCCGCUCUGUCGUUGUGUACCACACCGCAAGUCCGGUCGCUGGCCUCGGCCCGGAUGUGUAUGAACGAGUUAAUGUGCUGGGCACAGAGAAUGUGAUUGAAGUAUGCAAAAAUCCAGAGUUUGGUAUUUCAAAGCUAAUCUUUACCUCAAGUGCGGGCGUUGUGUUUAAUGGAUAUGAUCUUAAGUUCGUUGACGAGCGUGUCGGGUAUCCUGAACAACCGUUGGAUGCGUAUAACGAUACGAAGGCGCGUGCCGAAGAAAUGGUUCUCAAAGCCAACGACCCGAACGGGCUCAAGACUAUUGCUUUGCGGCCCGCAGGCAUAUUUGGACCCGGUGAUCGCCAAGCAUUACCUGGUUUCUUUAAAGUGCUGGAAAACAAGCGCACCAAAUGGCAGAUUGGACAGAAUAACAACCUUUUUGACUGGACUUAUGUUGGAAAUGUGGCUCAUGCACACCUCCUUGCCUCUGACUGCCUGGGCGUAAACUCUCCAAUGCCUAGGCCUGCUUAUAAGUUCCAGACGAAAGAGCUUAUAGACAAGCACCUGCCGCUGAAGAUGGGCAUGACGGACGAAGAUCACGCUCGUGCCGUGCCGACCUCCAUUAAACGUCAAGAUGUAGCCAAGCCAGCAACAGACUACUGCCGAAGCGUCAAGCCCUUGAUUGACCUUAGUGGGGUUGAUAUGGUCGAUAUUCGGCCAGUGUUCAGGAAUCGAUUCGACCCAUUCUUCCACCAUGUAAACCCUCGCUUGGCUUGUGGUGGAAACCCGCAGCCGAAGCUCAAGUCUUUUGCCAAAUCAGAGCUACAAGCUGAUGGAGAGGCUUUCUUUAUCACCAAUGGUCAACCAAUCCCAUUCUGGGACUUCCCACGCGCGCUCUGGUACCAUUAUAACGGUCAUGUUGACAGCCCCGAGAGCAUCGUGGUAUUGAGUCUGACAUUUGCGCUCAUUCUUGCAUGUUUAGCCGAGCUCUUCUCUAAACUCACGGGUCGUCCUGUACAGUUUACUAGAUACCGGGUUACCUAUACUGCAUGCGAUCGUUACUACAACAUCGAGAAGGCUCGCCGCAUCUUGGGGUACGAACCAAUCUACGGUCUUGAGGAUUCAAUCAAACGCAGUGUUGAUUGGUGGAAAAGCCUGCAUCCGCCCGCCAAGUCGCUCCCUGGAGAGACUGCCAAAAAUAAGUAA